CUAUCCUGUGUGAAAAUAGUUCAUGUUGUGAGAGAGUCCGGCAUAUAAUCGCUGCGACGAUGCGGGCGGUGGGCUCGCGAUGGACAGAAGUUAUCGUCUGUAGAAGUUCGUGAUUUUUCUCUCCGAAGGAAGAGACAGGAGGCGGAGAGAGCAGAACUUCUCAUUUCCAGAAGGUCGUGAUUUUCGUACCUUUCCUUUUCCUCUGCUCACGGGUUCCGUGUGUUGCGGCUUUUUAUUCUUCUGUUCUCGUUUCCUUGGAGAAUCGAUCUUCCUCUACCCGUUUCUGGAUUGCAGAAAAUCUCGAUACAGAAGUUUAAGGGAAAAUGGGAGGAGGAAAAGAUAAGCCGGAUAGUGCAGAGACUAGCGAUAAGGGGUUCUUAUCAAAUAUGGUACAUGGGUUUCAUGGCGGAUACCCUCCACGUUAUGGAUAUCCUCCACCGCCUGCAGGAGCAUAUCCUCCACAUGGAUACCCACCUCAAGGCUACCCUCCUCCACAGGGAUAUCCUCCACAUGGGUAUCCUCCACAGGGAUAUCCUCCACAUGGAUAUCCACCGGCAGGAUAUCCUCCCCCUGGCGCUUAUCCUCACAAUCCAUAUCCUGGAUCUCAUCCUUACCCGCAGCAUGGAGGGCAUGGCAUGUCUCCUGGCAUGGGAGGAAUGUUAGCAGGAGGUGCUGCUGCAGCAGCAGCAGCUUAUGGAGCUCACCGCCUCAGUCACGGCCACCAUGGUGGAUUUUUGGGGCAUGGAUAUGGCCAUGGCAAAUUCAAACACGGCAAUUAUGGCGGGUUCGGGAAGCAUCAUGGCGGGUUCGGGAAGCAUCAUGGCUGGUUCGGACACCAUGGGAAAUUUGGAAAGCAUGGCAAGUUCAUGAGGUGGAAAUGAAAGCAUUGGACAUGCCACCGAGUAUACUUGUCCUUUGCUUUUAGAUCUAACAAUUACCUCUUUUAGCUUUAUCUGGAUAGACUGGUUUGUUGAUUGCUCAAUGGUUGUGGUUUGGGCUUAUGCUUGUUUCUUACAUGUUACUGUUUCUAGUCAUAUGUGGUUUGGGCUUAUGCUUGUUUCUUACAUGUUACUGUUUCUAGUCAUAUGUGAUCCCACAGGGGAAAAGGUAUAGUUAGCAAACUCGUAACUCAGACUUUGAUGAGGUGACAGGCCAGGUCAUUGGGUCAGCGAGUUCACUCGGCGACUAGGUCGGGUCAGGUCAUGAAUUUUUUAAUAUAUUUGUACUGCACGUUGAUAAAGUUGAACAUAUUUAUUACA